AUGGCUACGCAUGACAUCCGAGAAACACCAGCACACUCAAUUCGACGCAUUUGUACCCUCACACAGCACCAUCGAGACUUAUUACUUCAUGCCAUCGGCAAUGUCUGCGAAACAGAGGCUGCACGCAAUACUUUUGCUCAGGUUUUGGAUGGUGUUCCUGCUGGUGCCUUGCUGGACGAUGGCCAUGUAACAAGAACCCUGCCUUCUUCACAUCCGUCAAGGACAACACACCAGCAGCUAUGUCCCGGAACAUUGGAGCGCCUAGAAGAGUUUCGCAAAAGCUUUGAUGCUGAAACCCUUCCUCUAGACUCUCAGGCCAUGGUUGCAUACCAAAGCGCCGCACCUGGAUCGCGAUUAUUCAAAACUCGCUUGAUUGAGCUCGUAUCACGAGCCAUUCAUCAAAUAGCAGUUGAACUUGCAUUUCUAGACGAGAGUCCUCAUAAAGCAGACGGUCUGCUUGCCUUCCACCCGCCUGAAAGCGAUUUGGUAUUCUGGGAAUACUCGCCAGAUGGGCCUCUGCCUACCUGGCUUCAUGUCCAGUGGUACAAGAACUACAAGCAUUAUACGAAUGGCUCGAGUGACAUGAUUGGAUAUUGGGCAGAGAACUACAUCAUUGGCGGCAUUCUUCUCUUUGAGCGCCGCCAUGAGAGCUCUGGUCCCUUUCCCGAAUACGAUGCCGACAUUGAUCCUGAUGGGGUAUACAUUCACUCAGACAGAGAUCGUAGGACAAAUCGUAUCUGCAAGUUGCUUGACACGCAAAAGAAAGAGUACCUGGACUUUCUGCAAGCUGACACGGACGAUGCCGCCAUCAACAGUCCGUUACCGUUGAGGCCCAGCGACGACAGUCUUGACAGAGUAGACCCAGAAGAGCCGGCACUGGACACGGGAAUAUAUAGGGACAGCUGGGAACGGCUGCCUUUGCUUGAUCACGAAAACGAUGGGCGGCUUCGAGACGUAUUUACACGAUCCGACUACCCUCGAUUCUCCGAUUCUUGUGAGUCACAAGAACGUGCCGUGAAGCGUCAAAGGCGAAUCGCACGAGAAAAAUACGGACAAGAUUACUCGGACUAG